AUGAUGGAGCCUUCAUACUCAAGGAGCGAGCUUUUGUUAGAGCUUACAUCUUGCUAUGAAUUCCUUGCGCAGCUUUUCUUGCCCCCAAAGGUCAUCCAAUACCCCCCUAAGGGCUGUUGGGGGCAUAUUACGCCUGGGUUUGUUGACUCCUGCCUUGGUAAGGACGACAUUAGCGCUACUGCUGUCGACUUUACAGGUGACCUCGUCCUAAGCUUGCCUACUAAGUACGCCAACAAGUUUCUCUUUAAGCCUGAGGAGGGUAACAUCUUAGACAUACCACCCCACGUGUUUGUUUAUGCAACUAUCCCAUCCGGUCGCGACGGUCAUUACAUUUGUAUCGAUACAAUGCGCGGCACAAUUGUCCUCGCGGAUCCGCAGACUGGUCCAAGCCCAACCAGACUAUCGGAUCCUCAAGCACCAGAUGAGGAAGCCUGGCGCAGGUUUGAGACCUACACGUUUGACGAGUUCUUCUCUAUGGCCAAGAAAAAAUUUAGGAAGUUUGAGAUGAAACAUGUACACUAUACCAGCCCAGAUACGCCCCAGGCGCAGAUUCACCGAGAAGAGGACGUCUUCACGGAACAGUACAACAGGGAGAGGUGUAUGGACAGGCUGGAUGGAUACCAGGAGCAGAAGGUUCGGAAGAUUCGGCAGGCUCGAAAAGAGGAAGUGCUACCGAUGCCUUCGCUGUAA